AACGGUAUAAAACGAUAUGAGAGCCGAUCCAACGUAUCAUUCAGGUGAACAAUUUUUUAGACACAUAGACAAUACAUUGACCAUAUUGCACCCGCAUUCAACAUGAAGAUUUGGAUAGCUUUCAUUCUCGUGGCCUUUGCAAGCGCCGAUCUGACCGAAAAUCGCCAGGCUUCUUUGAAAGUUCUGGAUCAACUUCGUGCCGCAAUCCCCGACUUCCAAAAUGCUCAAGAUUCAGCCAUUGUGAGGAUAUCCGAUGCGAAGCAGAACACUUCAAUCACAUUGAGCAACUUCUAUCACAGCGUGUUCGAAAUCAAAACGGCAUCGCUCGUGAAUAUUCUGGAAGAGGAAGUUGAAACAAUUUCUUACGGAGUGGGAGUCGAUGACUGGUGCUGGGAAAGUAACAUCCCAAUGCUCGAGGGUAUCAUGAGUUGGGUAGGGAAUGACUUCAGCGAAUGCACCCGACAGCUGGAUGAUUCAAUAGCUGAUGUGAUCGCCAGUAUCUACAACCGUUUCCAGGGCGAUGAAGAGCAAAUUAAAAAGUUCGGCCUGCUGGAAGUCUUCCUGAGAAGAAACAUCAUCAACAAUCCACAGGCCAUCGUUGAGGCCAUCAAUCAGUUGAAGUUCGAUGUGGGCAGCUCCAUUCCCGAGUUAGCGAAAGUUAUUGUGCAAUUCGAGCAUGAUUUGGUGGCUAGAUUACCAGGCUACUCUGGCUGUCUUACGGACAGAGUCAAUCAGCGCAAACGUCAGAUAGGGCAAUUGAAAGAGGAAACUGAGAGAUGCUUGAAGGAGCAGAAAAAGUAUAAUUGAAAAAUGCUAGCUAUUCAAAAAUAUAUAAUCAGUUAAGCACUGUUUUAGUAGA